GAAAGACGGUAUCGUUUGGAGGAAGAAAGAUGCCAAAAUAUGGAUAAAUGUCAGUUCAAACAAGGACUUGAUAAAGAGAAUUGUGUGCGAACUUGUGUAUCAAAAUCAUGUUAUGAUGAAUUAUAUUCUUGGAAUGAGGUAUAAAUACAAUGACUCUAUGUAUUGUUUGCAUUGGCUAAUGGCUAUACUAUGGGAUAGUCUUGUGCUGUAUAUAUAAGUGUUGAGGGAGUAUUUUACCGUAAGCUUGCUGUGAUUCUGGACCAACAGCGAAAGAUUAACGUGUUGAGCGCCAGUGCUCUCCCUUUGACAGGUAAAAUUGUCUGACAUUAGACAGAGUGAAAUAGUGGAGUAGGCCUCAUUAGGGAACAAUGCUACUUACAGUACAGCAAUGGGUUAGCUGGACACAUGGACAGAUAGUCUGAUUGAGCCAUUGAAUGCCAGCGCUCUCGCUUUGACGGGUAAAAUUGUCUGGCGUUGGAGAGAGUAGUGCACCAGAGCAGACCACAUUGUGGUGCAAUGCAGGCAUGCAGCUAAUGAGUUAAAAACACUUCAACAAGUUGUUUAUCACUUUACGUAUGCCUUUUGUUUUACAUAUGCUUAUGCCCUUUGUUUUACAUGUGAUAUAAUGACUGGUCAACUUGAUUUUAGCUCAGUCUAACACUGUUUCUGACUGGUAGUUUUUAAUUAAAAUAAGUAAAACACAGGAACCUGAGGUUUUGAUGAAACUGCAUACUCUUACAUAAAUUUUUCAAAUUUUCUCUGACAAGAUUUCAGCAGAGAUUCCGAAGAAAAACUAUUCCAAGACAUCCAAUGUGACCGGUGAAAAUGACCAGAGAGCCAAAAUAGUGACCGGUCAAGAGGCAUUUCUGGCCGGUCAUUGUUGGUUGAGCGGCCGUUAUUUUUAGACUUGGAUAGGCAGUAGUUACAAAUUAACCAUCAACAUUUUACAAAAACCAAGUUCUAUUAUUUUUCAUUCUUUUAUUUUUCAGUUAGAAGAAGGUGAAAUAGAUGUUCGACUGACAUCAUUUAAAGGAUGUGUUGUUCAACAAGUCCGAGAGCGUGAAAUGGAACAAAGAAGAAAAGAACAGUUGUGAAGUAAAAGUGCAACAUUUAUGCAACGUCACAGAAAUUAUCACAUUGAACAUGUAUUGAUUUUAUUAUUACAGUUGAGCCCCUGAUAUUAACAAACGCCUCUUUAAAGGAUCUUAUAAGCGGAUACCUAUAUACAUCCCUCCUCUGUUCCUAAUAUUAAUAAAAUGCCAGAACAAGGAUUCAACUGGCAACCUCGCAGACACUGAAAUUUGGAAGAUUUUUCCACUUAACAGUGGCAAGCGAGAGAAAUCAAUUUUAUAAUUUCUAAUACAAUGUAUUCAACAGUAGUAUUAAUGAAAAGGGUUGGGUCAAGAGGAAAUGAAAUAGUAAUGCAAAUUUGGUAAGAAAUUUUAGUAUAGUAUAUCAGGGGGAAAAACGUGAGAAAUGGUUCAUGAUUUAGCUAUUGAUUGGGCGUGCUCCACUGAGUUGUGGAUGCACGUGUGCAGGAAGUUGAGAAAGGUCGAAUAUUCGAGUUCAAAUUCCUGGUUCGUUAAUUCGCAAAUAAGAUCAAUUUAUUUAGGAUAUAUCAGGCAAAUACAGAUAUAUAUACUGUAACUUUCUCCAAAAAUGAAUUCUGUAUCUAGGCUAUGUUCAGUCUACUGUAUAUAGCGAGGUUCGUGUCCGUAAUUGGAUUACCCAGAAAACCACCAGGAAUUAAUAAUUGGAUUUCUCCUGUAUUUUUUUUUAAUAACUUUACAAUCAAAUGACUGAUGGUAAGGACAACAGGACGACCAAAAACAUACAUUACAUAAUUACUUAUAGGUAUUACAAGAAUACAUAUUGUAUACAUAAACAUUAGGACAUACAACAAUUAUAAUUACAUCUAUGAACAACAGUUUGUAUGUAAAGAACGACAUUUACUGCACACAGUUUUCCAUGUUCUAGGACAGUCUACGUCAAAAGUACUGUUCAGCUUGUUAGUGUAAAAUAUAUAUAUCGUUUAGAUUUAAGUA